AGCGUCAGCUGACUAGCAUCAUGACUUAUACUCUGCACUGUGGACUGAACCUAGAAAAGGUCUCUUUAUUUCAGGUUUAACUAUAGAGACAAUAGAAACGUAGAUUAUACAGUCUCACAUUCUCCCACAAAGCUUUCUGUUUCCUUCGAAAAGGUGAAGUUGCCAGUUAGCCGGCUAAGCUAACUGCAUAACUGUGUGAAGAUGGAAAAGAUCAUGAAAGAUGUGGGAGACAUCCAGUCUCGCCUGUUGGACCACAGGCCUGUCAUCAACGCAGAGAUUCGCUACUUUGUGAGGGAGUUUGAGGAUAAGCGAGGUCACAGAGAAUGCAGACUGUUGGAAAACCUUGAUAAAAUGGCGAGGGAGACAAAUGAACAGAUGGUGCCUGAAAAUAUGGAGGGCAUGAAGCAGCAGUUGUCAGAUGUCAUCAAACGGCUGGAUGCUGCAAAUCACAUGGCUUCAAGAGUCCAGCAGAGGGAGCUAGAAGCACAUCAGAGUGCCCAGCUCCAGACCAACAAGGAGCGUUUAAUAGAGGAGUGGGCAGACUUCCUAAAAGAGCAGCAGAGACUAAAGGAAGAGGUGGACGACGAGCACGCCAGGGCGGUUGGCGAGCUCAGCACUCGGUACAGUGAGAAGAAAAAGGACUUGGACCUGCUCUCAGAGUUCUAAUCACUCGAGGUGUGAGAGAAAUCGAGAGACUUCACGUUGGUCACGGCAAGAAGGUUGAGAGUGAAUGUGUUUUAGUGUGGCAUGCAUGUGUGGUCCCUGCUAAAGGCUGGUUGUGAGUUAUUGCCCUAUGAUUGAUGUCCAUUUGAGGUUGGCAGAAAAAAAAAAAACAUAAAUCUUCGAGGUCCUGCUGCCACACAAGAGUCAACAUUUUCCAAAUACUGAAUGUGAAAAUGUGAUUAACAACGUGGCAUUUUCACAGGUCAUCAAACUCACGUGAAGUUUUUACCGUUUUUAAUGGAUGCCUGCCUAAAGACGGCGGAUGAUAAAUGAGUGCUCAGCCUGAAAAAGAACAUGGGGAUUAUGACCAGUUCAGGCCUGAUUAUUGAAGGUUAGCAAAACUGCUCAGAGCCGGUGUUGCAAGCACGCAGGCAAGUGUUGUGGGAACACUCUAUGCUAAAAAACACCCUCUUUCCUGCUCCCCUUUUACAGUCCGUAAUAUAAACACUGUAUUAACUGUGACAAUCCAAGAAUGUAAAAUGUGUAGCUGGAAACGUUUUCUUUAUCUGUCCCUCUUUUAAAUAAUAUUGUACGCACAUGCAGGCUGCUUUUCUGAAAUCGAGGUGGCUCAAGCCGUGAACUCAAACCCUCUUGCGUUACAGUAUGUCAUGGAACCAUGUUUGACCAGCUCGCAGAUUGUUGCAGAUCUAUGUUGGAGAACCAUCUUCAUCUACAUUUUUCAUAUGAAUGGAUAGUGUUUGAUGAGCAGAGCAUGAGGCAGCAUCUCAGGAAUCCGAUUCAGAACCAUAUCGUUGGAUAGUACAGAAGAUCAGGACCAAGAGUCUGCUGUCCUGACCCCACCACAAAACCAAGUCAGAACAGAUGAGAAAACACCAGAACUUUAAAAAAAAGCCACAAGUCUGUGAUAAGGAAAACAUGGCUUCAUUUAGGUUUAGAUAAAGUUGCAUAAUCCAGCAGUCAUGGAUUCUCACUGGCAUGAGCUGAAGUUGUCAGAAGGGAUGUGUUAUUAUAUGAUGCCCCUGAAAUGAAGAUGAUAUUGCACCCAUUUAAUGGAAGGCUUUUUUUUAAACCUGGUGCAGAGCAAGGAUCUGUGGUCCAUUCAAUGGUUGUUUUGUUGAACUCCAGACAAUGGUUUGGGGUUAGACAGGUUAGUGGAAGUGUGGGCUCACUGGCAACAUUCUCUUGCUGAAAACACAAUGUCAAAAACACAACAGACUAAAUAUUUAUGAUCCAUUCUCUUUCUUCGUCUCUAAAUGUGCACUUGCCAGUAGGCGUGUAAAACGGCGAUGACGAAUAAAACCACUUGAUCCUGUUUGUGACAUUUGUGUCGGUUUUGUUUAGUCCACUGUUGAAUGUGAGAUCGCGGAAGCGCUGAGACAUGCCAGCGCCAGUUCACAAAAUGUUGUUCCCCACCCUAAUGCAGGAACAUGACCAGCAAACAAGAGGUGACAAGACGGAAAUGUGGUCAUCUUUGAGCCAGAAGACGCCUCUUUAAUCUGCAUUUUCCUGCUUUUU